AUGCAGCCAAAAGGGCCGCAGAAGAAGAAGGUGGCCAUCGUUGGCAGCGGAUGUGCUGGCUUGGGUGCCGCAUGGGGACUGAAGGGGACGGAGUAUGAGAUUCAUCUGUUCGAGCAGGAAGACCGCCUCGGAGGCCACACGAAUACCCAACCUUUCAACACCCCUCAUGGCAACAUAUCGGUCGACACAGGCUUCAUCGUGAUGAACAGCGCCACAUACCCGAACUUCAUCAACUUCCUCAAACACUUGAACGUGCCGAUCGUACCAACGCAGAUGACCUUCUCCGUCUCCCGAGACAGCGGCAAAUUCGAAUGGAGUGGCGAUGGCAAAGGCUUGUUUGCUCAACGGCGCAACUUGUUCCGCUUACGGCACUGGCGACUGAUAUUCGAUGUCAUCCGCUUCAACCAGUUUGCGCUGGACUUGUUGUAUACGGAAGAUGAGGAGGCGAAGAGCAUCACCAUUGGGACGUAUCUGCAACGAGAAGGGUACUCGGAGGCUUUUCGGGAUGACUAUCUGAUCCCCAUGACGGCUGCUGUGUGGAGUACAUCGCCGGACAAGGCGAGUCUGGAGUUUCCGGCGCAGACGCUGGUACGAUUUAUGUGGAAUCAUCAUCUGCUUUCUACGCUUGCUGCGAGACCGGACUGGUUGACUAUACCCGGCGGCUCAAAGCAAUACAUCGAUGCAAUCGAGAAGGACCUUGGCUCCCAACUGCACAUACACCGAGGCUGCAAGGUCACUGGCCUUGUUCGGCCGCCUCAAGGCACCAAAGACUCUGUGGCAAUGGCCUGGAAGACGGCGGAUGGAAAGAGGACGGCGGACUUCUUCCACCAUGUUGUGCUAGCCUGUCAUGGCGACCAAAUAUUACCUAUCAUUGCCGACGACACCCAGCUCGGCAACAUACAGGACGAAACGUCCUCCAUGUCCGACAGUCGAAGUUUCGUCUCAGCAAAGUCCCACCUCAGCGACCCAAAGGGCUCCGCCACCCCCCUCGAACUUUCCAUCCUCUCCGCCUUCCGCACAACCGCCAACACCUGCUACCUGCACUCCGACCCAACCCUCCUCCCCACCCGCCCGGCAACCUGGAGCAGCUGGAACUACCUCAUCGCCUCGCAACCCUCGCACCUCGCCCACCCCGCCGGCGUCAGCCUCACCUACGACAUGAACAUCCUCCAGCACAUCCCGCGCAACAAACACGGCCACGUGCUCGUGACGAUGAACCCGCCCUCCCCUCCUCGCGCGUCGCUGACGCAGGGGCGGUUCGAGUACCGUCAUCCUCUCUACACGGUAGAAGCGGUGCGGGCGCAGGAGAGGUUGGAGGAGAUACAGGAUACGCGCGGCGUGAGCUACGCUGGCGCGUGGACGAAGUAUGGGUUCCAUGAGGACGGGUUCAGUAGUGGGUUGAGAGUUGCGAGGGAGCAUUUGGGCGCGGAGUUAGGGUUUGGCUUUAAGGAUGCGACGUUUAGUCGUGGGCAGAGGCCGGUGAUUACUGGGUGGGAUUAUUUGUUAAGGAUUGCGAUCAUGGUUGUUGGGAUGUUGAUUGUGUUUUGGGAGCUGGUGGGGAGCAUACCGCUGGUUUGGAUACCCUUGAGGUUGGCGGUGGGGGUGUUGGAUAGGGUGUUGGGGGUGAUGGAGGAGGUGGGGGUUAUAGACUAA